AUGGCAACAACUAAUGAUCAAUCACCAUUUUUUGAUCUACAAAUUGAAUCACCAUCAAGUUCAUGUUCAUCAUCACCACCAACAUCGUUAAAACCAGUUAAUAGUCAAAAUGAAAUUGAUUCUGGUUGUGGUAGUGAUGAUGAUCCAGCAUUAGCUUUAAAAAUUAAUAAAGGUCUUUCAAUGGGUUAUGAUUAUGAAUUAAUUAAAAGUGUUAUACAACAACAAAAUGAUGGAGAUGAUAUGUCAAAAUUUAUUGAAACAAUUGUACGUACAGCUGAAGUAAAUAGUAAUUCAAAUUUAGCAUCAAUUAAUAAUAAUAGUCCAACAAGUAAAAGUUGCUCACCAACAACAGUUAAUCAAAAAACAGAUAUUGAUUCAUCAUCAAUAAAUUCAAAUUGUUCAGAAACAACAAUACCUAUUCCACAUGAUGUUUAUAUUAUUGAUGGUGCUGAUCUUGCUUAUAGUUUUGGUAAUAAUGUAUUUUCAUGGCGUGGUAUAGAAAUAUGUAUAAAAUAUUUACAUUCACAUGGUCAUAAAAAAGUAUUUGUUGCGUUACCGUAUUCAUUAAAACAUCAUCGACAUGAUCAAAGUUUUUCAGAAUCAAAAUCAUUACGUGAUUUAGAACGUAAAAAUAUGCUUGUUUAUACAAAUCGUAUGUCAAAACAAACAAAUAAACCAGGCUCAUAUACACAUAUAAGUGAAAUGUUAAAAUUUUCGCAAAAAACAAAAGGACAUUUAAUAACAAAUGUUUCAUUAAAAGAUGUUAUACUUGAUUUUACAAUUUAUAAACACAUUGUUGAAGAAAAAGUUAUUCGAUAUCGUUUUCAAAAUGAUAAUUUUCAACCAUUAUUAGUAACAAUUGUAAGUGGUGAUGAUGGAAAUGAUUGUGAAACACAUUAUCCAUUAUGUCCUUAUGGAGCAAAACACAAAUGUCAUGCAGCUUUAACUGCUCCAUUAUUUCGUCGAGCUAAAAUUAUAUCGAAUCUGGAUUUAAUUGUUAAUUGUACAGAUAAAUUGCUUGAUCAAUGGCGUUCAAAAUGUGAAGAUCGCAUGUAUGUACAUGUCAAUUUAGUUACUAAAUGUCGAAAUCUUCUACUUGAUAUUUUUGGUUUUAUUGCAUUCGAUGAUGAUCUUGAAUAAUUAUCUAAGAGUGAAGUCUUUGACGAAAUGUUGCUUUUCUUGAUGGCUGGCUAUGAGACUUCAGCAGCUGCUGUAGCCUGGUUUAUACAUCUGAUUAGUAAACAUCCACGAGUUCAAACAAAAAUCAAAGCCGAAUUAGCACAACACACUGAACAUAAUCUUUCCAUUGAUCAGGUUGAUUCUCUUGUUUAUUUGGACUGUGUUAUUGAAGAAGUGCUUCGUUUUGUUUCGCCUGCUACUGGUGUUACACGAACAUUAACAAUCGAUGAUCAAUUUCCUCAAAGUGGAAUAAAAUUGCGAAAAGGUGAUCAAAUCAUGAUACCCUUUUAUAAUUUGGCUCGGGAUAAAAGAUAUUGGAAUAUUGAUCCUGAAUUAUUCUAUUCGGAACGUUUUCAAGGAGAAGACAAAAAUCAUAAUCCAUAUGCAUCAAUUCCAUUCGGUGGUGGUCAUCGACAAUGUAUUGGUCAAGAUUUAGCGAAAUUCGAACUGAAAGUUAUUGUAACUAGACUUAUGCAACAUGUUACAUUUGGAGAUGGUGGUACUGAAGUCAAUCAAGCUGGAUAUGAACAAAAAUUAACAACUGUACCUCGACAUCUGGGGGUUACAAUUACUUUCGACUAA